GAGAGAGAGAGAGCCCAUCAACGAGUAGACUAAAAGCCAGUCGUUUUUUAGAGUGAGAAACAGCGCGAACUGAGGACAAACAUAGCACGUCGGCGAAUCCAUCGCCGUGCUGAUUAUUAUUAGGAACUCUCGCCGCGCCGCCGCGAAGUGAGAAUCUCAGUUACUGAUAUAAACUUUCCGAUAAUUUGUAUAUAAAUGGUUCCUCUUCUGAGUUGCCCUAAUCGCUCUCACGAAGUCGCCCGCGUUCCUCUAGUUCUCUCUCUCUAAUUCAAGGGCUCUCGUUUCCUUUUGAACUAACUUCUGAAUCCUGAUAUGUUCACCUACUCUGGAAACGGUGAAUUCAUUUAUGCGAUGUUUUUUUUUUUCUAUUGAUUCAGUCGUUUGUUACUGGAAGUUCAGUUUCGUAAAGUUCCUAGUUCUAUGAGACAAUAAGUGGUAGCAAAUGGCAAGUAAUGGAUCAAUGUGGUUUUUUUCUUAUUGGUAGGCUCGUAACUGAGGGUUACUUUAUUCGCCGACUUCUCAGUGCUUUUGCAGUGACUGAACUAUAAAUCCGCGGACUCAGUAGAUUGAUUUUUUGGGAAUCUCCCACCAAUACAAUACAUUUUAACAGUCUAAGAUAACAGUUGAUAUGGCUUUCUGUUCGGUAAGAUAUGGAUCAAGUUUGCAGUGCCAUAGAUUAAACUCUGAAACCUCAAUCGAGAAGCGGGUGUUGCCAAAUACGGCUGUUUUAUUGAGAGUUGUGAAAAGCCAUGAUUUUGUUUUAGUCACACAACAAUUUCGCUCACAGAAGAGAAGAAUAAUUAAGAUUAGGAGUGAAUUGAGGCAACAAUCUGACUACAUUGAUGUGCCAAUUCAAAACGUUGAUGAGGACAUUUCGGAUAGUAUUGUGGAGAAGAGUUCUGAUAACGUAGUUGAGAAGAGCUUUUUGCAUGAAACUGAUCAUGGGUCAGGAGGAGAUUCUUUCAAUGGAGGGGGUGCUAAUGGAAAAUAUCCACCAGGAGGGGGAGGAGGUGAUGAUUUCGAAAGUGAGGACAAAGAAGAAGAGGAAUUUGGACCAAUUUUGAGAUUUGAUGAAGUAAUGAGAGAGACAGAGGCUCGUGGUGUCGUUCUUCCUUCUGAUAUGUUAGAGGCAGCAAAGACCACAGGCAUUCGUAAGAUCCUUCUUUCUAGAUACCUGGAUUUGCAGGAUGCGAUAUGGCCUCUAGGUGUAGCCAUGCAGUCUUGUUCUUUGCUCCGCAACCGAAUGCUUGCUGAUCCAUCAUUCUUAUUUAAAGUGGGGACAGAGAUUGUUAUAGAUACUUGUUGUGCAACUUUUGCCGAGGUCCAAAAGAGAGGAAAGGACUUCUGGGCAGAGUUUGAAUUGUAUGUUGCGGAUAUGCUAGUCGGGGUGGUGGUUAAUAUUGCUUUGGUUGGUAUGUUAGCACCUUAUGCCCGUUUUGGUCAGCCAACAGCUUCCAAGGGGUUCUUUGGAAGCGUUCGUCAUGCUUACAAUGCUUUACCUAGCAGUGUAUUUGAAGCUGAGAGACCGGGCUGCAGAUUUUCAAUCAAGCAGCGUAUUGCUACUUACUUCUAUAAGGGUGUGCUCUAUGGAUCAGUUGGAUUCGCAUGUGGGCUUAUAGGCCAAGGAAUUGCAAAUUUGAUCAUGACAGCUAAGAGGAAUUUGAAGAAAUCGGAAGGGGACAUACCAGUGCCACCCCUUAUAAAAAGUGCAGCACUUUGGGGGGUCUUUCUUGCUGUCUCCUCCAACACUCGGUACCAAAUCAUCAAUGGCUUGGAACGUUUAGUUGAAACAUCGCCUUUGGCUAAACAGGUUCCACCAGUUGCUUUGGCCUUCACUGUUGGCAUACGCUUUGCGAAUAACACAUAUGGGGGUAUGCAGUUCGUGGACUGGGCUCGAUGGAGUGGCGUGCAAUAAUUCUUCGUUUCUUUUUUUAAUUUCCUUUUGUUGUUGUAAUACUAUAGAGAAAUGUGGGCUUUUCCGCCAUGAAAAAAAGUGGAAUUCUCUUUGCACCUAUGAACUAUUGUGUAAUUGUUGAACAGGCCUGUAGCAUGGCGCUUGUCCAUUGCACAGAGGCCAUCAUUUUUCUUGGCAGUUGAAUUCUUACCUGAUUGACCGUGUGCUCUGGAUUUAUAUGUCCUAAUGGAAUGGGAAACCAUAGAGGUUAAGAGAUAA